AUGGCUCAAUCUGGUAUUUUAUCUGUCAAACAAAUAAUUGGUGUUCGAAGCUCUGUUACAAAUGGUUUAGCAUUUCAAGAUGAGCAAACUGUUGUUUAUAUUGCUGGUGGAAAUAUUGUGUUAUAUGGUAUUGAUCAAAAAGCACAAAAAGUGAUUCCAUGUUCCAUCAAUGCUCAAGCAUUAACAACAAUGACUGUUAGUCCUAAUCGACGUGUUAUAGCUGUUGCUGAACGUAUAAAUGAUCAUCCAUCAGUAACAAUUUAUGAUCUUCAAACUGGUAAACGAAGAAAAACUUUACAACCCGAAACAAUGAAAUCUACUGAUAUUGUUUCAUUACUUUUUUCAUCGGAUUCAAAAUAUUUAUUGACUCAAGGUGAUGCACCAGAUUAUCAACUUAUUUAUUGGUCAUGGGAAAAAGGAAAAGUAAUGGCAAGUACUGAUAUUAAACCAACUGCAGGUUCACAACCAACUGCAUCAGUUAAUCAGGUAUCAUUUAAUCCUCAAGAUAAUACACAAAUAUGUGCAACUGGUCAUGGUUUAUUUAAAAUGUUUCGUUAUACAGAUUCAACAUUGAAACCAUCUCAAAAUUUAAAACAAGAACAUUUUAAUUUUACAUGCCAUUGUUGGAUAUCAGAUGAACGAUUAUUAGCUGGUACAGAUCAAGGAAAAUUACUUGUUAUACAAAAUGGAGAAAUUUUACAUGAAAUUAAAGUUGAUACAAAAUCUGAUUCAAGAUCAGUAACAAGUCAUUAUUCAAUGGAUGAACGUUCAGGAGGAAAUGAAAGUAGUAUGGAUAUAAAUGCAGAUGGUGAUCAUGUUGGAAAAUCUGAAAUAAAAUGUAUUGUACCAUAUUCACGUGGUGUUCUUAUAGCUGCUGGUGUUAAUAAAGUUUAUAUGUUCGAUCGAAUAGAUGACAAUCGAGAAUAUUAUCGACGUAAUCGAGAAAUUUUAUUACCUAGUGAUACAACGGAUAAAAUAACUAAUGAACGAAUAGUUUCAAUGUGUUUAAGUCCAUCAGAAGAAACACUUAUUGCGUUAACAGAUCAUCAACAAAUUUAUCAAUUAUCAUUUUCAGGAAUUGAUAUUACAAAAGAUGUAGCCACUUUUUCAUACUUAGCAGAUGGCUACCAUCAUGCUCAAGUCACUGGUGUUGAUACAUGUAUUCGAAAACAACUUAUUGCUACUUGUGGUGUUGAUAAAUCAGUUCGAAUUUGGAACUAUGAAACAGGGUAA